CUGUGACUACAACUACAUGCGUCACCUGUCCAAGCUGUUCCGCUCUUACCUGGGUGAUGAGGUGGUGCUGUUCACUACAGAUGGGGCUGGGCUGGGCUACCUCAAGUGUGGCUCAAUACAAGACCUCUAUGCCACUGUGGAUUUUGGGCCGGGUGCUAAUGUUACUGCUGCCUUUAAAGCACAGAGACAAGUUCAACCUCACGGGCCUUUGGUGAACUCUGAAUUUUACACUGGAUGGCUGGACCACUGGGGAUCACAUCACUCGGUUGUGUCGCCCACUCCAGUGGCUAAGGUCCUCAGCGAGAUGCUGCUCAUGGGAGCAAACGUCAACUUGUACAUGUUCAUAGGAGGAACCAACUUUGGAUACUGGAAUGGGGCCAAUAUGCCAUACGCUGCACAGCCAACAAGCUAUGACUACGAUGCUCCGCUCACAGAAGCCGGAGACCUCACAGGGAAAUAUUUUGCCAUCCGAGAGGUGAUCAAAAUGUACAGUAAGGUACCAGAAGGGCCGAUACCACCAACAACUCCAAAGUAUGCGUAUGGUGCCGUAACAAUGAAGAAGCUCCAGACCGUGUCGGAUGCCCUAGACGUACUGUCUCUCUCUGGCCCUGUCAGAAGCAUCCAUCCUCAGACUUUCAUCGACUUGAAUCAGGCUUUUGGUUUUAUGCUUUAUAGGACCAUCCUGCCCAUGGACUGCACCACACCAACUCCACUGUCAUCUCCACUGAAUGGGGUCCAUGACAGAGCAUACGUGUCAGUGGACGGGCUGGCUGUAGGAAUUCUUGAAAGGGAUAAAGUCUUAAGCAUCAAUGUAACCGGGAAGGCUCGAAGUCAGGUGGACAUACUGGUGGAGAACAUGGGCCGAGUAAACUACGGAAAACAGAUCAACGAUUUCAAGGGCUUGGUGUCUAAUCUGACCCUGGGGGCGGACCUUCUCACCGACUGGACCAUGUACAGUCUCAGUAUUGAUGAAGCAGUCAUGAAGGGCCUCCUCGGAGAAAAAGAGCCUGCACUUUUUGAUCCACCUCAGCCAGCUGAUCUCUCCCCUCCAGCUUUCUACGGGGGAAGCUUCGUGAUACCCGACGGCAUCCCAGACCUCCCUCAGGACACCUACAUCAAGCUGAGCAGUUGGAGAAAGGGACAGAUCUGGAUAAACGGCUUUAAUGUAGGACGUUACUGGCCGACUCGAGGGCCUCAGAUGACACUUUUUGUCCCUGCUAACAUCCUCAGUACAGCUGCACCAAACAAUGUGACCGUCCUGGAGCUUGAAGGGGCUCUCUGCGGCUCUAAAGCGUGCACUGUGGAGUUCACCAACACCCCCAUCCUCAAUGCAACAGUCCAGUCUGACUACAAACAGCACAGUUGUUAAAGAGGAUUUACUGUGACGAUAAACAAAAAAUUUUCCGCUGCACAAAAGGGAUCUAUUUGCACAUUUAGACUCAUUGAUUUAGCACUUGUUGGGUCACCUCAACAAUCUUUCUUUUUUUUUUUUAAACUAUGAAAAGUGGUUAAAUUUGGGAAAUAAUAUCAAUGAUGUGUGUUUUUGUGCAUUUUGCUGAAUUAUUUUAGCCUGUUUUUUAUCAGCACAUUAACUUCGGGUUUCUCUACCUCACUGAUUCCACAUGAUUCCAAAUUCACAGACUUUUUUUCCUCUUCAAAAAGGGAAUGAAGUGAAAGCUACUGAAAGCUGUUUUUUUUUUUUUUCUUUGUUGUUCAAAACUCAGAUCAGGGAAUUAUUGUAUUUUUAAAUUACUGCGGGAUUGCUGCUUUUAUUCUUUUACAUUACAUUACAUGCACUCUGAGUUUGAUUUACCUUUAUACACCUUUCAAAUAAAAACCAAAUAAUUUGGAAUUUCA